AUGGACACUACAAAAGCAAAAAAAGAAAUAGGAAAACAGGAACAUGACUACAGGCAAGUGAAAAAGGACGAUGAAUUAACCAAGAAACAUGAGAAUAGGGAAGAACGGCCGCAAGACGGCAGAUCAGAAGAAGAAGAACAAAGAAGAUUCGAAGAAGAAAUGUUGGAGUGGCAUAAUAGGCAGCCAAAGAUGAACAGGUCGUGUACCCCAAAACACUCGAAACUGGUAGGGGAUGAUAUGGUAAAGGAAAUCAACAAAGAAGAAGAGAAAGAAGAAGAUACAGGGGAGAAUGAUUCUUCAUUGCAAAUAGAAGAAGAGGAAGAAACAGAAGCCGAAAGGGAAAAAGAAGGGCAAAGGAAUGUACAGUGGCAAGACACAGAAGAGAGCGUCUUGUCGGCUCUUCUGUUCGAUGAGGCGGAUAAAGAAGAAAUAAAACAAAAUAAAAAAAGGAAAGGGGAUAUCCUCGAAAUAAAUGAAAAAUUCAAGAAAGAGAAGCGAGAAGAAAGCCUAACAUAUUCCGAGGAAACCGAAAAUGAGAGGAUCCAAAGAAAGAUAAAGGAGGUACUAGAAAUCCUAAAUGCUAAUGGAUCCAUAGAAGGAGAAAAAAGGGCGAAAGCGAGAAGGUUAAUAGGGGAAAUAACAACCAUACAAAACAAGACUAGCCAAACCCAAAACCAAACGACACAAAGGGAGGAGGAAGACACGAAAUGCGAACAAUGUAAAAUCAAAAUAAAACAGGAAAGACAGAAAAAAGAAACGGAAAAAAUAAUAAGAGUCCUAAACGAAGGGGGGAACAUUAAUCAUUUUAGUCAAAUAUACAAAAAGAAAUGGGAAGAGAAAGUAUACGAAAAAACAAAAUGGGAACAGGGGGCCUACAAGACACGAUAG